AUGCCGUCGCUUUCGUCUCCCAUUAAUUACCCUGCCAGCUCUUCUCCCCCAGCAGCAGCCAAACGUCCAAAGCCGCAUCCCGAACCGCGUGCCCGACCACGACCACGACCAAUAGCCGGCUUUCUCAUUGAUGAUGACUCUGACGACGAGAAUGCGCCCUCAGCGCCCGCUGCCAAGAGGCGGAUGUUGAGCAGUCCCAACGACCAAGUUGCCGCCGACCACACCGAACCGUCCUCUCCCCCACCCGAGCUUGCUGAUGGCGCUUCGAAAGCUGUUGGUUCGACACCGUUGGAGACUGUCACGCUGCCACAAGGCGACGCAACUCGGAAUUCAAACCCUGUACUGAACGCCCUAUUCACCUCGAGCAAUCCGGAUUCGGUUUUCCAGCGAUUCACCCCUCGCCAGCCUCCAAGCGAGUUCAAGAUAACGACAUGUUCGGGCAAAACAGUAAACAUCAAGAAGCGGACGGAGAACAAGGAUGUAUCCUUCGAGCGCAUGGUCGCGUCGAGAUCAAAGAAAAAGAAGGGCCGAGCGGACCGCAGCUACUACGGUAUUGAUAUCCACGAACUUGUCGAAACCGCUACCAAGGAGCUCGCCAACCAGCCUACAAGGUCCACACCCGUGCCAGACGAACCGAUGCCAUCUGUCGAACCAUGCACAGCCAAGAAACCCAAGAAAUCCCUACUCUGGACUGAGAAGUACCGCGCAAGGAACUUCAUGGACUUGGUUGGAGAUGACCUCACGAAUAGACAAGUGCUACGAUGGCUUAAGAAAUGGGACCCAUUAGUCUUCCCAGGAGCUGCCAAAUCUAGGUCUUCUAUAAGAAGGCCAGCAGCGCAACCGACGGAGGAGGAGAAGCCACACCGGAAGAUUUUGAUGCUCACGGGCCCUCCUGGACUUGGAAAGACCACACUUGCCCACGUCUGUGCCAGACAAGCGGGCUACGAAGUCAUGGAGAUCAACGCCAGCGACGACCGCAGCCGGGAUGUUGUCAAGAACAGGAUUCGCACCAGCUUAGGGACAGAGAACGUGAAAACCGUUCAGCAGUCGAAGCCUGAGGCUGGCAAGCAGCAGAAGGUUGUCCGCCCCGUAUGCCUUGUGGUUGAUGAAGUUGAUGGUGUGGUGACCGGUUCUGGAGGCUCUGGAGAGGGUGGGUUCAUCAAAGCACUGAUGGACCUGAUCACGGUUGGGGAGAAGAACGCUUCUGGCCAAGCAACGACUACACAAAAUUCGGGCCGAAAGAAGAAGAAGGGCGACGAUUUCCGCCAGAUGCGACCGCUCAUCCUCAUCUGCAAUGAUGUGUAUCAUCCCUCGCUAAGGCCACUGCGUCAAUCAAGCUUGGCUGAGAUUAUACAUGUUGGCAAGCCCACAGUUGAUGCAGUGGUUACGCGUCUCAAGUCGGUGUUCGAGAAGGAAGGAAUUCCAUGCGAGAAAGAUGCCGCCCGGAAGCUUUGUGAAGCUGCAUGGGGGAUCAGCAGUGGCAUUGAAGCGAAAAGGGGAGCUGAGAGCACCGCAGAGGGAGAUCUAAGAGGUGUUAUGGUCGUUGGAGAAUGGGUUGCUGGCCGCCUCAAGUCUGCACCUCUGAAGGGACCUAUCUCCCUCACACGGCAAUGGGUUGAGCAUAAUGUCCUACGAGAACUAUCACACGGCGGAGGUGGUGCAAGAGGCGUAGGAAGAGGCAACGUGAAGGAUAUUGUGACACGCCUUUUCCAAAUCGGUGCCGGGUUCCCCAAGGGCAAUAUUCUCAUCACUGCCCCAUUAUCCAAGCACAUGGACGAGCAACCUCAAGCACAACUCGGAUUUGCUGAGCAGCAGAAGAAGUAUGGCAUGGAACGCUUGCGAGAAAUGGUCGAGACGAGCGGCGAUGUUGAUCGGGUCAUCACAGAUGUGUUCGCCGAGUAUCCCAACCACGAGUUUAACGACGACUCGUUUCUCUCGAAACCCGACGCAGCGUACGAGUGGAUGCAUUUCCACGAUACUUGCUCCUCGAGGAUUUUCAAGAGCCAGGAAUGGGAGUUGGGCCCUUACCUUUCCCAGCCCGUCCUGGCUUGCCAUCACUUGUUCGCAUCCCCUAUUCGGCGCGCGAAUAUGGGCUAUGACAGGAAAUGGGGCGAUCACGAAGACGAAGCACCACCACUCCCGUUCUCUGGACCGAGAGCAGACUUCACAGCGCGCGAGGCAGAGAAAGAGAAUCGAGCGAUGCUUCAGGCAAUCCAAGCGCAGCUCCCACCAACGCUGAUGCGAGCCUUCCGUAGCGCUGAAGACGUCUCCACCGAAUUCCUUCCCUACCUCAUGCGCUUGGUAUCGCCUGAGGUCAAACCUGUUGUUGUUGGAGGGAGUGGAGACAUCAAAGGGACGGCUAGCGUAAGGAAGGAUACUGAAAAGACAAUGGUAAAGCGCGCGGCGGAUGUCCUUGCUGAGGUCGGCAUCGAGCUACAGCGAGGCAAGAUUGAGAGCGAGUCGAUGUUCAGCCGGGGGCCGCAAUGGGUGUAUCGCAUGGAACCUGAUCUCGACAUCCUCGCUACCUUUGAAACAUCAGCAGCCGUCCUCCACGGCACCCAGGCGCCGACUCGCUAUGCAGUGCGCCAGGUCCUUGACCAGGAGCUGCAGAAGAACAAGAUACUGCGCGACACCUCGGCUCGACAGGCGCGCUUCAAAGCGGGCAACCCGCACUCCACCGACGACUACAUCUUCAGCGACAAAGAGAACGCCAAGGCCACGAAGGAGACGGCGCUGCCGGCCAUUCCCGUCAAGAAGGACUUCUUCGGGCGCGUCAUCAAAGUAGAUGUGCGACCGCUCCAGGAGACGGACGGCAACAGCGCUGGCAAGCGGAGAGCAGCCGACGAGCCCCUGGGCAAGGGGGAGACCAAGGUCUGGGUGACGUACCACGAGGGCAUGAAUAAUGCCGUUAGGAAACCCAUCACGUUGCAUGAGCUGCUCAAGGGAUUGUAG